AUGCCUCCAAAAAAGACCAAAAAAACUGCCAAAAGCGAUUUACAAAAAACCUCACAGAAACGAAAAUACGUUAAAGAUGAAAGUGAGGAAAGUUUACCUGCACCUAAAUUGAGUCCUGCUGCAUCUAAUUUGAGGCAUUUGUCUCACAUUUUCAGUCAAAGUUCAAAUUUUACAGAAGCCUUCCAUAAUCUUGAGGCUCUUAAGCUAGUUAAAUCUAAAACCAACCAUUUUGACCUUCCUAGUUCAGCAUCUAAAUUCUAUCCAGAUAAUUUAAAGUUGCUAAAAAUAACUUUUGUAGGGGCUUUAGCUGAAAAGGAUGUUAUACCUGAAGUUCCAGUUACUCAAAUUCAAGCCAUAUUUCAAAAAUUAGACAAAUAUCUUCUCCCUACUAUUGAUUCUGAAACACUUGGAAAUCAUAAAUUCGAUGUUACAACUCAUACUGACAUUACAAGUGAAAAAGUUCAAACAUUUGUUACGAAAUUGCAUGAUGUCGUAAUAAAUGGUGCUCAGCAGAUAGGCAUGGACGAAACCUUUACUGAUACACUUAUAGACGAUCUACUUCAUAAAUAUAAUGAUCGCUCUUAUCGUGCAUUCUUAAAAUCCAGAAACCACCUGAUAAGCAAAAUAUAUAUUAAAGGUAGUGGUAUUGUGAUAUCAGACCCUAAAUUUGUAAUACAAAAGAAGGGAAAACUUUCUCUUCUUGUGGUAGAGGAUAAGCAUCUGAAAAAUAUCACGUCAGCCACUGAUUAUGGAGAAUCACAGAUCGCUGCAGAAAUGCUUGCUUGUGGUAGUGAGAAUUUACGUUAUCUUGGCAAAGAUACACAUACAGACCAGAUAAUAUUGGCAAUGCGUGUAAUCUCUACAUACGUAACUUUCUAUAAAACUGUGAUUAAAGCAGAAUAUUGGAAGGAACUUGAUAGCGGGCUACCAAAAAAAGAAGAAGUAGAAAUUCAAAGAUGGCCUGCUAAGAAUGGCUUAAGGGCUGGUUUCGAUUUUGCUGAGCCAACUGAUAGACAAACUGUAUUUGAAAUAUUGGCCAAAAUUCGGGAAUCACUUUUAGUAGAAUCUAAUGAUGAAGUUCAGACUGAAGCUGUUACAGCAGGUGUAAGUGGUUCAAACAAAUAG